AUGGCAAAUCGGUACUGGAACUGCAAUCGUGCGCUGCUCCUGCUGCAGCUGCUCGCCGGCGUUUGGGCCUUUCCGGACGGUGCGCCCGCAGACACGUGCGUCAAGCAGCGCGCCAAUCAGCCGAAUCAUGGCAAGGCGCGCACCCAGCCGGAGCACACGAAUCCGUUCGAGGUGGUCGCCAGCUCGCAGACCUAUCAUCCGGGCCAGCAGGUCUCGGUGGUCAUUUACGCCCGGGAGCAGCAGCAGUCCACCACCUUUCGCGGCUUCUUUCUGCAGGCGCGCGAUGCCAACUCGAACGAGUGGAUCGGCGAGUGGGAGCUGAGCGAGAACACCAAGACCAUACCCGAGUGCUCGGCCAUAACGCAUUCGGAUAAUCGGGACAAGCUGGGCGCCAAGCUCAUAUGGAAGGCGCCCCAAAAUAAGCGAGGCAACGUCUACUUUACCGGCACUGUGCUGAAAGACUAUGGCAAUUUCUGGAGCGACAUUGUGGGCAAGGUGCAAGCGCAACCGCAACCGCAACCGCAGUAG